AUGGGGGACAAGCCCUAUCACUGCCAGCGAUGCCCUAAGGCCUUUGCGCGCCUGGAGCAUCUGCAGCGCCACGACCGAUCUCGUAAGGAACCCGCGCCCAUCUGGAAUCCGAAGUCGCCACUGACCCAAGCAGACACGAAGGAGAAGCCGUAUAUUUGUGUCCAAUGCCCUAACAAAGCCUUCACCCGCAAAGAUCUUCUGGCCCGACAUGAGCGGCUCACCCAUCAGACAGACGUCAGCCCGACGGCCGGCCAUCAGACCCCGUCACCAUCCCCCGCACACCCCAUUUUGGAUGGACUAGAUACCCUGGCAUCAGUCGUCACGGAUCAUGCGCAAUCAAAUAGAUCCUUGUCUGGCAGCAGCGGGCCAUUUGCAGACGGAGAUUCGAUGUCUGUGCAUCGCACCCCGAUGAUGCCCACCCAGCUGGCAAAUCCCGAAACUCCGUCUGCUGCACCAACAACUCCACUACCGGGGUCUGACUUUGGAUAUUCUCUCAGUGGAAUCCCGGCCACGUCCUACGCCGGAAAUGACUUUACAUCCUUCCUGGAUAGCGUGCCCCUGCCCAGCCACCCUUUCUCUCCGGCAUUUCAACCCCUUCCGCUAUUCCCGCCCUUGCCCUUCUCUCCGAUCACGGACUAUGAGCAAUCAUCUGAAAGACAGCUUGCAGCUGAAACCACUACCUCUAAUGCUUCAAGCUCGGUACUCCCGCGCCACGGCGCACAGUUACCAUCACUUCAACCGGAGGGUUAUCAAACUACCCCAAAGGCACGACAACCCACAGGGUUUGUCCCAGUCACCGCCCAGUGCCGUGACAAACUCAUCAUUAUGUUGAAAGACUACGCAAAUGUCGCACCGGAUCCAUCUCUGCCUUCUCGGCAUGCCUUAUCUCGGUGUUUGACGGGAUAUCUAACGGGAUUCCAUGAUCACUAUCCCAUCAUGCACAAAUCAACCUUGGAUGUUGACUCUCUAUCGUUACCGGUGUUUCUCGCCAUGGCGGCUUUGGGCGCACGAUAUUGUCGUGAACCAGAUACAAGCAUGAGACUUUAUCAGAUCGCCAAACCAGUCACUCUGGAGCAUUUCCGGCGUGUGUUUCUAUCGGGGACAAUGUCUCCAGAAAAUGUCAUUGAUGACACCGAUUCGCUCGAGCUUCUUCAAGCACUUCUCAUGCUAUUAUCCGUCUCGCUAUGGUUCAUCAAUAAUCCGCCCUACCAUGAGGCUCUGUCAAUGAGAAGUCAAAUGGCAACACUUGUAAGGAAAGAUGGCAUUAAUCGCCUGCCGGAGUACGAUGGAACUUGGCGCAGCUGGAUACGCCGAGAGUCUGUCAAACGCACAAAGCUUAUCGUAUUCUGCUUCUUCAAUAUCCUUACCAUCGUCUUCGAUAUUCCGCCAGUCAUUCUUACUGAAGAGCUUUCGCUAGAGCUGCCUUGCACCGAGAAGGAAUGGCAAGCUUCUCAUUCCGAGGCUUGGCAAAGUGCGCGGAAUCAGAGCUACGGAGAGCCAAAGAUCCAGGAUGCGCUUUCUGCUCUUUUCAAUCCUCAUAGUGGCGUGGAGCCCUUCUCUUCCCUCGGUGGCUAUGUGCUAAUUCACGCCUUGCUACAAGACAUUUGGCUGAUGACGAAGGCGGGUCGGCUGGCGUCUUCUCGACGGAACCAUCGUGGCUCAUCAAUAGCGUCAAGUGCGGAGCUUGUCUCGGUUGAACAAGCUUUGGAGCGGUGGUGCCAAUACUGGGAGCGCAACCAGGAGUCAUCUAUUGACCCUAUGAGUCCCCACGGGCCUUUGUCUUUCACCUCGGCCGCACUACUCCGGCUCGCGUAUAUCCGCUUGAACGCGGACUGUGGCUCGACACGGCAACUUCAAACGUGGGACCCCGUGCAAAUCGCCACCAGCUUGAAGGAAAAUCUCCAAGUGCGACGUGGAGAUCGCUUAACCAGGGCCGCUCUUCAUUGUGCGCACGCCCUCAGCACGCCAGUCAAGCUUGGAAUCGGAUUCGUCGCUCACUCCCAGGUGGCGCUGUGGUCAAACCAGCACGCCCUAUGCUCGCUGGAGUGCGCUGUGCUACUGGCUAAAUGGCUCGAGGCAGUGACAGUACCAGAGCCCGACCCGGAGCUGACAGAGCAGGAGACCCGCUUACGGGACUUUGUUCUGGAGAUGGUAAUGGAGGUGCAGCAUGGCGUCUCACGCGAAUGGCUGUUGGCGACCAAUACCCGAAUCAGUGCGGCGGUGACCCGCCUCUGGGCGCGCCUUUUCACAGCGGACUACAUUUGGGAUAUGGUUAAUCUCAUUGGAAGGUCAUUGAAUAGCUAUGCAGAUCUAGUAGAAGGAAAACCGUCUCCGGAAUAUGCCUAA